AUGGAAACCAAAGUAACAUCAUCCUUAACACAUGUACUUAUAUUUGUUCUCUUCACCUUAUUCUUCGUUGUAAAUCGACAACUUGUAGCAGCAACCAAUAUUAACUUGGUGAGCCUAGGUGCAAAAUCAGACGGGUUAACAGACUCAUCAAGGGCAUUUACGUCUGCAUGGAAAAUUGCGUGUGAGUCAAGAAACCCUUCCACAAUUCUUGUACCACAAGGAAGGUACUUGGUUAACAAAGCCUUAGUAUUUAAUGGGAGGAAUUGCAAGAACAAGGCUAUAAGCUUUGUCAUUAGAGGUACCUUGGUGGCCCCGGCUGACUUUCGAGUGCUCGGAAAUGCCGGUACUUGGUUCUCUUUUGAUGAUGUUACCGGAGUUUCUAUCUUCGGCGGGGUGUUUGAUGGACAAGGUGCUGGUUUGUGGGCUUGUAAGAGGUCCGGGAAGACUUGUCCCCCGGGAGCUACCACAAUUCGAUUUUCAAAUUCAAUGAACAUCGUGGUGAAUGGAUUAACUUCAUUGAAUAGCCAAUUGUAUCAUAUUGAUUUUGAUGGUUGUAAGGAAGUAAAAGCUGAAGGUGUGCAAGUCUCGGCCUCUGGUGCAAGCCCUAACACCGACGGAAUUCAUGUUCAACACUCGACUGGAGUGACAAUCAUGAACACAAAAAUAGGCACAGGAGAUGAUUGUAUAUCAAUUGGAGCCGGGAUUAGUAACUUGUGGAUUGAAAAUAUUGCUUGUGGUCCCGGUCAUGGAAUUAGCAUCGGGAGUUUAGGUAAGGAGCUAAACGAACCUGGAGUAGUGAAUGUGACAAUCAAGAGUUGUACAUUUGUUGGCACCAAAAAUGGAGUAAGGAUUAAAUCAUGGGGAAGGCCAAGCAAUGGAUUUGUGAGACAUGUUCUCUUUCAGCAUCUUACAAUGGUGAAUGCUCAAAAUCCAAUCAUCAUUAACCAAAAUUAUUGUCCAAAUGAAAGAGGUUGCCCGGGAAAGGUUUCAGGAGUAAGAAUCACUGAUAUAACAUAUCAAGAUAUUCAUGGAGCAUCAAGGACACCAAUUGGUGUGAAAUUUGAUUGUAGUUCAAAAUACCAUUGUACAAACAUCAAACUCAAUGACGUGCAUCUCACCUAUAGAAACAAACCAGCUGGAAAAACUUGUAUUAAUACUGUUGGAAGUAUCUUUGGUUCAAGUCAGCCUAAUAACUGUUUUUAA